AUUGAUAUUUUUAUUAUACAUUCUUUCACUUUCAGAAUCUCCGAUUCUUUAAAAACGAAAAAAGACUUUAAUCUUGAAUUGGCUAAAGAACAGCACAAACAAUAUUGUAGUUUAUUAAGAGAAAUUGGUUUAGAUGUCAUUGAAUUACCACCCGAUGAUGAGUUACCAGAAAGUGUCUUCGUGGAAACAUCAGCGGUGAUAUGUAAUGGCGUGGCUUUAAUAGGAAAGUCUGAUAAUCCCAUGAGACAAAAAGAAGCUAAUAGUAUGGCGAUAAUAUUAAAAAAAGAAUUAGAUAUUCCAGUAGAAGUGAUAGACAAUCCCAAUGCACAAUUAGAUGGUGGCGAUGUCUUAUUUACUGGCAGAGAAUUCUUUGUGGGCAUUUCCGAAUACACAAAUGAAGAUGGGGCUAGAGCAGUGGCUAUGACAUUUCCCGAAUAUCCAGUAACGCCUAUAAAGGUAAAAGCAACAUCUAUUAGCAAUAUGAGACCUAUGACAACCAGAAUAGAAGCAGAACACAACAUGAACUAG